GCUUGCGGUCCCGGUGCAUGCCGGUCCUGCCGUGGGCGGGGCCUGGGCUCCCACCAUGGCGGCGGCUGUGGCUUCCCGCUUCCUGCUCUGGGCGACGUUGCUCUUCCCUGCAGCUGCGGUCUAUGAAGACCAAGUGGGCAAGUUUGACUGGAGACAGCAGUAUGUUGGGAAGCUCAAAUUUGCCUCCUUGGAAUUUUCCCCUGGAUCCAAGAAACUGGUUGUGGCCACAGAGAAGAAUGUGAUUGCGGCUUUAAAUUCUCGUACUGGGGAGAUCUUUGGAUAAUGCUGUGUGAAUGAAGACCUCAGAACCCCCUGGUCUCCUUGGCUCAUGGUCAUUGAUAGGAAUGUCUGACUUUCCUGUCCCUCAGUGUGGCGCCAUGUGGACAAGGGCACAGCAGAAGGAGCUGUGGACGCCAUGCUUCUCCAUGGACAGGAUGCAAUCACUGUGUCCAAUGGAGGCCGCCUCAUGCGUUCUUGGGAGACUAACAUCGGGGGCCUGAACUGGGAGAUAACCUUGGACAGUGGCAGUUUCCAGGCACUGGGGCUGGUUGGCCUGCAGGAGUCAGUGAGGUACGUCGCCGUCCUGAAGAAGACUGCCCUUGCACUCCAUCACCUCUCCAGUGGGCACCUGAAGUGGGUGGAACAUCUCCCUGAAAGUGACAGCAUUCACUACCAGAUGGUGUAUUCCUAUGGCUCUGGGAUGGUGUGGGCUCUUGGCAUCGUUCCCUUCAGCCAUGUGAACAUUGUCAAGUUUAAUGUGGAGGAUGGAGAGAUUGUUCAGCAGGUCAGGGUUUCCACCCCAUGGUUGCAGCGUCUCACUGGAGCCUGUGGUGUGGUGGGUGAGGCUGUCCUCGUGUGCCCAGACCCAAGCUCACAUUCCCUGCACACUUUGGCUCUGGAGACCGAGUGGGAACUACGGCAGAUUCCCCUGCAGUCUCUCGACUUAGAAUUUGGAAGUGGAUUCCAGCCCCGGGUGCUGCCAACCCAGCCCAACCCAGUGGAUCCUUCUCGGGCCCAGUUCUUCCUGCAGUUGUCCCCAAACCACUAUGCUUUGCUGCACUACCACCACGGAACUCUGAGUCUGCUCAAGAACUUCCCCCAGACUGCCCUCGUGAGCUUUGGUACCACUGGGGAGAAGACGGUGGCUGCAGUCAUGACCUGUCGGAAUGAGGUGCAGAAACCUAGCAAUACCGAAGAUGGGUCCAUGGGGAGCUUUUCAGAGAAGUCUAGUGCACAGGACUCACUCUCUUGCUUCAACCAGACCUACACCAUUAACCUGUACUUGGUGGAGACAGGUCGGCGGCUGCUGGACACUGCGAUUUCUUUCAGCUUGGAGCAGAAUGACACUCGUCCUGAGCGGCUCUACAUUCAGGUGUUCUUGAAGAAGGAUGACUCAGUGGGCUACCGGGCCUUGGUGCAGACGCAGGACCACCUGCAGCUCUUUCUUCAGCAGCUGGCCGGGAAGGUGGUGUUGUGGAGCCGUGAAGAGUCCCUGGCAGAAGUGGUGUGCCUGGAGAUGGUGGACCUCCCCCUGACUGGGGCACAGGCGGAACUGGAAGGAGAAUUUGGCAAGAAGGCAGCGAUUCAAGACGGCUUGCUGGGGAUGUUCCUGAAACGCCUGUCAUCUCAGCUCAUCCUGCUCCAGGCGUGGACUUCCCACCUCUGGAAAAUGUUCUAUGAUGCCCGAAAGCCUCGAAGCCAGAUUAAGAAUGAAAUCAACAUUGACACCUUGGCCAGAGAUGAGUUCAACCUGCAAAAGAUGAUGGUGAUGGUAACAGCCUCAGGCAAGCUCUUUGGCAUCGAAAGCAGCUCUGGCACCAUCCUGUGGAAACAGUACCUGCCCAACGUCAAGCCAGACUCUUCCUUUAAGCUGAUGGUCCAGAGAACCACUGCUCACUUCCCCCACCCCCCUCAGUGCACACUGCUGGUGAAGGACAAGGAAACAGGAAUGAGUUCUCUGUAUGUGUUCAACCCCAUUUUUGGCAAGUGGAGUCAGGGCACUCCCCCAGUGCUAAAGCGCCCCAUCUUGCAGUCCUUGCUUCUUCCAGUCAUGGAUCAAGACUACGCCAAGGUCUUGCUGUUGAUUGAUGAUGAGUACAAGGUAACUCCUUUUCCAGCCACCCGGAAUGUUUUGCGACAGCUUCAUGAGCUUGCCCCUUCCAUCUUCUUCUACCUGGUGGAUGCAGAGCAGGGACGGCUCAGUGGAUAUCGGCUUCGAAAGGAUCUAACCACCGAACUGAGCUGGGAGCUGACCAUUCCUCCUGAAGUACAGCGGAUUGUCAAGGUGAAGGGGAAACGCAGCAGCGAGCACGUCCAUUCCCAGGGCAGAGUGAUGGGGGACCGCAGUGUGCUGUACAAGAGCCUGAAUCCCAACCUGCUAGCUGUGGUGACAGAGAGCACAGAUGUGCACCAUGAGCGCACCUUUGUCGGCAUCUUCCUCAUCGACGGCGUUACUGGCCGUAUCAUCCACUCCUCUGUGCAGAAGAAGGCCAAGGGUCCUGUCCACAUUGUGCACUCAGAGAACUGGGUGGUGUACCAGUACUGGAAUUCCAAGGCUCGGCGAAAUGAGCUGACUGCCCUGGAGCUCUACGAGGGCACAGAGCAGUACAAUGCCACUGCCUUCAGCUCCCUGGACCGUCCACAGCUGCCCCAGGUCCUCCAGCAGUCCUACAUCUUCCCUUCCUCCAUCAGUGCCAUGGAAGCCACCAUCACUGAACGGGGCAUCACCAGCCGUCACCUGCUCAUUGGACUGCCUUCUGGAGCAAUUCUUUCCCUCCCUAAGGCCUUGCUGGAUCCUCGGCGUCCUGAGAUCCCAACAGAACAGAGCAGAGAGGAGAACCUGAUCCCAUAUUCUCCAGAUGUGCAGAUCCAUGCAGAGCGGUUCAUCAACUACAACCAGACGGUGUCUCGAAUGCGAGGCAUCUACACAGCUCCCUCAGGCCUGGAAUCCACUUGCUUGGUCGUGGCCUAUGGCUUGGACAUUUACCAGACCCGAGUUUACCCAUCCAAGCAGUUUGAUGUCCUGAAGGAUGACUACGACUACGUGCUAAUCAGCAGUGUCCUCUUUGGCCUGGCUUUUGCUACCAUGAUCACAAAGAGGCUGGCCCAGGUGAAGCUCCUCAAUCGAGCCUGGCGGUAAAGAGGAAGGUCCAUGCAGGAGUGGAGAGCUUGGGGAAGCGGGUCAGCUAAGGAGCCAGUGUCAUGGUUUGAUGGACUGCUGAAGUGUGGUGUCACAGUCUCAUCUCAGUUGAGUUUCGGGAAGAGAAGAUGGACCCUCAUGUGGAACUGCACUGGGGAUAUGUGACAUUCAGCUCUCCCUUCAGCAGCUUCAGGAGCUCAGCACAUUUAAUGAGCUUUGCCCUCAAGUCCAAGGCCACUGCUGUCUCUGUCCACCCUUGGAUAUUCUGGGUUUUGUUUGUUUGUUUUUAUACUUGUUUUUAUAGGUCCUCCAACUGAAUUUUCUGUGAGGCCCAGCUCAGCUGACCCAUCUAGAAAUCCUGACUUCUCCGCUUCUUGUUUCCAAGCCAGCAGCAGCUGGUGCUUGCCAGCCAAACCUUCCUGUGCAUGUGCUGCCUGACCUUGGACAAGGAGACACACCAGACACCCUUAGCUGAGUGCUGAGAACUGAUGCUGCUUGUAUUGGCUUCUCUCCAAAGGAGGUCGAGAAAUCUAUGCUUGGUGUGACUCUCUACUUCCUGAUAUUAAAAAGCUUAUUUUUGUGUGUGCACGGGUGUGCACCAGGGUCUCUUGCCACUCUAAAUGGAUGCCCAUUGGCUUUAUGUGGGCUGGCAGGCUUUGCAAGCAAGUGCAUUUUCCUCAGCCCCAGCCUCUUGCUUUCAUGCUCAGUGUUAGGUUGGGCUCCCAGUCUUUGUUUCAUGGUAUCAAAGCCAAGUGCAUCAGUGUCUGGUUUAGUGACCACUGCCUGUGCUUCUCUCCUGAGAUGUGUCAGAGCCAGGGCCCUUUUAGAACUACUGAAUUGUCUGAACCUUGAUAUUUCCCCGGGGAGAGAGAAGAUGUGUUUCUUUCAUACACAGGGCCUCAUCGGUGCUUAGUAUGCCUGCAGGCUGGCUUAGUCAUCACAUGGUUUAGUUAGAGAAAGGUGUCCUCUAUUUUUUUUUUUUUUUUUGAGACAUAGUUUUGCUAUGUAUGUAGCUCAAACUGGCCUCAAACUUGAAAUCUUUUUGCCUCAGCCUCCCAGUGCUGGGAUUACAAGUUAUGCACGAUUAUGUUCAGCAGUGAACAGGUUUUAAAUUUUAUUCACUGUGCAUGCAUAUGUGUGUUUUGUGUGUGUGUGUGUGUGUGUGUGUGUGUGUGUGUGUUUUGUUAGGGAUCAAACCCACUGUCUCUCACAUGCUAGACAAGUUUUCUACUACUGAGCUCUGUAUACCCCCAAUUAGUAAGUUAACAUGUGGGUGAUUAUAUUCUCUUAAAACGAGUACAUGUUAAAUCUUAUUGGUUUAACUUUAUUUUUUGGCAGUACUGGGAAUGAAACCCAGGGCCUUGUGCAUGCUGGGCAAGGGCUAUGCCUUGGAGAUUUUGAACAAAGCAGGAGCAUAAGGGUAGGGGUGGGUGCUGGGUCUCUGCUACAAAUGAAAGGUGGCAUCUGAAAAGUGGCCUCGCUCAUGGAUUCAGGGAGUGCUGGAAAGAACGAGCAAGGGCUAGAUCAUCCCCAACCCCGGGGAGAGGGACACUCACUGUUGGAAUAAAGCUGAUGAUGAGUA